AAAAAAAAAAUUAAAAGAAAAAACAUUGAAUUUGAAAUUGAAUUUUUCGAUCAAACCAAUAGACAAACUUUGCGUUAUCUUAUUCCCCCAUCUUAAUUCUUUAAAAUUUAACAAAUGACUUGGUUGACAACAAGAAAUUAAUUGUCACUGACAAAUUUAAACCAAAUGAACCAUUUGCAUAAGUCAAAGACAUUUUUUUUACGUGAAUAUACAUGUGUAUUGAUAAAAGGAUAUGUAGGAUGCGAUUUAAAUUUCACUUUACAAAACAUCGAUUGAAUUAAGCAUUAUAAUGCAUUAAAUAAAAAACGUGAGGGGUUCUAAUUUUGAUGGGAAUCUCAUUAAAUUGUUGAAUUUAUAUUGUUCCGUAUUUAUAGAGAAGGCUCAUAUAGCAGACAAAGCGUCAUCCAGUCAUAUUCUAGCAUGAAAAAUGAAAGAUGCAUGUAUUAAACAAAGGCAAAGCGUCAUCGAGUGGUGUAUUAAGCACGUGUUUGUUGAUUGUGACAGGUUCUGUGGGUGCGGUCGGAGGUAACGUGUCUGCUGUGGGGUACACCGCGCCCGAAGAGACUACUGGAUUUGGUUAUUUGGCUACAUCCCCGGAAUAUGCGUUUCCUUAUUGUGGAACAAUAAAAAGAUGGGAUGCCAAGUUCAUGAAUAAAGGAACAUUAUGGCUACAAGUAUGGCGACAUCAUAAGGUGAUGAACUAUCGACUGGUUCAAGAAACACCUGUUUACGUCACUAAAGUUCCUACUUUGGAGCAAAUGACUUCCAUUACAACACAGGACAUUAUCCACUUUGAUAAGGGCGAUGUAAUUGGAUGGAAAAGCGAGGCAAAUGAGAUCAUCCCGUUUCGCUCAAGCCCAGUGAUUGUUGGGGGUCGCGGGUUUUGGCGGCUGGGGUCAGUGCCCGACCCUGGAGGUCUCGUGGACUGGGGGCAGGGAGAAUUCGUGUAUGGUAGACAGUAUGCUGUGUCUGCCAUUAUAGCACACAACAGCUCUCCAUAUUUUGUGAGGGACGGUCAGAUGGUGACCUCAUAUACGGUUGUUAUUGAUGACGCCGCAGACUUAUUCACUCCUGUCAUAACUGUGUCGGUCAAGGACAAUGACGACAAUUCAACACUGAGAGUUUCCAUGGAAACAGAAUCUAUUUAUUUCAAGUUUAACGAUACCUCGUACAAAGUAUACACAGUAAAUUGGUUGAGAGUUGGACAUUACAGCCUCCUGAUAGAAGCCACAGACCCCUGUGGUCAAUCUGCCCUUGCUCAAGUCUUCAUUACUGUGGUUGAUAAGAACCCCACUACCACUCAGGAAAUGUUCCUAGGAAAACCAGCCAUUGUUUGGAGGGUGGGGCUGCCUCUAUCACUGGGACUUUCUGUUAUCUGCUUGGGGAGCAUUUCCCUAUAUGCCUGCAUUCAGUGGAAAAGGGGACCAAAUUUCCCAGACUCCUUGAAUUUGUGACAUCCUAUUCUCUCUUCAAGAAAAGAAAGGUUCUGGUAGUAACAAUACACCUCAUCUGAAAUUGGUGGCAACCCAUUCUCUUUUGAAGAACAGACACUGACUGAGCAAUAAAUAACCAUUAUACAUUACACACAAAGGAUUUUUAAAAAGUUCUGCCUGUACAAGUUAUCUUUUAUUUCUUAAAAUCAUGUAUAAAUUGUAAAUCACAAUAUUGUCUGUGUAAAUCAUAUCAAAACAAUUUCUAGAAAAUAUUCAGGCACUUUUGCAUUGUUGGUUGAUUAAUAAAUACUGAUAACGAU